UCGGGCCAGCAGCCACUCGACGCCCGGACGGCAGCGCCGAAGGACGACACGCAUCAGCUGCACUACUCUCGAACUAGUGCACAAUACAUUCGCCUCCAAACAACACACCCCGUGAAUUAUGCAAAAGCAUCGUCUCGACCCUGAUGGACUGCUGCUCUCGGCUGUAGCAUCGCUCGACGACAUCUCCCGCGCGGUAAAGGACUCGUCAUGAUCAUCUCGCUGCUGUUCGUGCUCGUGAUCACGGUGAAGGCCGCGCAGAUGUUCGGCAAGUACCUCCUCGGCAGUCGCAACCUCUACUUCUUCUUCUGAACCGAGUCUAGUGCCGCGUGUGUUUGUGCGCCUUUACCAGUGUGUAUAUUUACUAACGUGUGUGCUGCAGCGCCAAAUUUCGCGCGAUCACGCGAGAUAAGUACGAGAUCAAUCAUAUACAUGUAUACGCGUGCUUAACCGCAUACACACGCUCGGCUCCUGCAGCAGUCGGUUUCGCGCGUCGAUAAAGGCAGCACACUCCGGCCGAGAGAAAGAACGAGAGACGCAUCAAUCGAUAUUUCGAGGAACGCAAGAGCCGUUGGAAAUCGAUGAUGGGAAAAAACACGUGGUCGCUGAUCAUCGAGUGAAGAGAGAUCUCCUGUAGGGAGGACGAGCUCCUGCUACGUGCUGUGUACUGCAGAUACUACCAGCUAAGGAAAAUAUGUCAAGAUGUCGCUGAAAACGUGCGUUUACCUUGCAAUCGAACGGCUGAGCUCCCGAGUGAUCGAAGCAGCGCAUAACAUGAGGAAGAAAAAGUCCAGUCCCAGUUACGCUAGAAUAAACUAAUCGAGUUCAAACCAUAAAAGCGUAAAAUGAAACUCAAAAUCCGGACAAAGUAAACCUUCACCGCAAACUCCCAGAACCACGAGCUCGACGGAAAAAAGAAGAGAAGGUCCCCUAAAUCGUCGUAAAAAAGCCAUCAAAAACGGCGAGCGAAAAGCCAAAUACCGUCGACGGUUCGACGAAGGCCACGAAGGAGGAGAUUAACAUGCUGGCAGCCCGUAACGGCACGUCGCGUCCUGAAAACAACAACAACAACAACAACGGCAGCAAUUCAGCGUCGAAUAGCCAACAGCAGUCCGAGGGCGAGUCGUCGAAGCCUAUGCCGACGGCCGACGGAAUGACGAGUCAGCAGCAGCAGCAGCAGCAAGUGACCACAGUCAUGGCUUCGCCCAAGCGGCAAGCCAACAACAGUAACGGUCGGGCUGUGCAACCGAGCAACGGCCAGCAGUCGUCUCCUGCGAUGCAGCGGAGGCUGCCGAGCGGCAACCGCGAUGACGAGGAAGACGAUUUUCAGGUGUCUUCGAAGGGCGCAGCCGCGGACUCUCCGAAGCCAGUAAGCGUCGCCAUCUCUUCGACGCGUUCGAAAUCUACCUUACCGGACGGCGAGCAGCAGCAAGCAGCUCAACAGCUCGUCCCGAGCUUCGGCGGCUCGCCGCACUCGGACAUGGACGACGACGACGACGAAGACGAAGACUUGGAAGACGAGGUGGAGGAGGAGGAGGAGGAGGAGGACGACGACGAGGUGGCGGCGGCCAUGGGGUUGGAGGGGAAGGAGCAGCAGCAGUCAAGCAAUGGAGGGGAUAGACGCUUGCUGGAGGGGGCGACCGGGCUCGCCGGUAUGGGCGGUUACUGGAGCAUGAGGCAGAGCAGACCCUCCAGUCCCCGCAUGCCGCCCCCGGAGCAGGAGCAGGCGACUACCUGCAGGCCCAGGAGCCGACACGAGCAGCAGGUGCUACAGCCGGCGGGCAACCAGCAGACGACGAGCCAGCAGCAGGUCACCGUGCACCACCAGCCACCCUCGAGGUACAACAAUCUCGGCUACUGGCGGGCGCGGAGGGUCACCUUCUACAGGAAUGGCGAUCCCUACUUCCCCGGCGUCGAGUUCAGGUUCAAGCCGGGCCGGGACAUCGGCUCGCUGGAGGCGCUGCUGGAUCGGCUCUCGCUGCGACUGGAUCUGCCGCGGGGUGCGCGGCACAUCUUCUCCAUGGACGGCGACCGCAAGCUCAAUCUCGACGAGCUCGAGGAUGGCGCUUCUUACGUCGUCUCCAGCUACAAGACUUUCAAGCCGGCGAGCUACGGUAAGAAGAGCAAUACGUGGUACGCGCCAUCGGGUGGUGCGGGUGGCGGUGGCGGCGGCGGCGGAGCCGGUGCCCGGGGCAGCAUCGGCGGUGGCGCGUUGCCCGGAGUCGGUGCCGGAGCCCUCGGUGGCUGGCAGAGCCGCAGCACACCAGCCGUCGCGAGCCUCAGCAGGAAAGCCUCCAUCACCGACGAGGCUCCGCCGCCCGGAGGCGGCAAACCCUCAUCAGGACGCGUCAUUCGCAUCGUCAACAACCUCGAUCACACCGUACAGUGUCGAGUGCUGUUGAAUCUGCGCACCUCGCAGCCGUUCGAGGAGGUGCUCGAGGACCUCGGCCAGGUGCUCAAGAUGAACGGCGCCAAGAGAAUGUUCACCGUGUCCGGCCAGGAGGUGCGAAGCUUCUCGCAGCUGCGCAACGAGUUCGCCGACGUGGACACGUUCUACCUGGGCACAGGCAGCGGCGGAGGUGGCAUAGCCACGGCCAUAGGUUCACCGGCCAGAAGAUCGCGUUCGAGAGGUCCACCGGCCGUCGUCGAGGACGUGGGCCGACAGCGCAGGGCCCGAAGCAAGAGUCGACCCCGAGCACUCUAUGCCCCCGAAUCCGAGGUCGUCAGGGUCAACGACUACAGCGUGGUGGAGGUUCUGCGCGAGGAGCCAGCCCGAGUGACGAUCCGAGGUCUGCGUCGCUCGUUCUACCCACCGUCGCAUCUGCCACCGGUCGACAACUCGCCGCCCGAUAAGAAGCUCUCGCUCGAGUGGGUCUACGGGUACCGAGGCACCGAUACUCGACGUAAUCUCUGGGUACUUCCCAGUGGCGAGCUGUUGUAUUACGUUGCGGCCGUCGCUGUGCUGUACGAUCGCGAGGAGAACGCGCAGAGACACUACGUUGGGCAUACCGAGGAUAUCACCUGUAUGGAGGUUCAUCCAAGCAGGGAGCUCGUAGCAUCCGGCCAGAGAGCAGGAAGACACAGAAAGGCUCAGCCGCAUGUCCGAAUUUGGUCCACUGAGACUCUCCUCACGCUCUACGUUUUCGGCAUGACGGAGUUUCAAAUGGGAGUCUCUGCCCUCGCUUUUUCACAAUUGAACGGAGGCAGCUACGUUCUCGUCGUAGACGCAGGUAGAGAAGCCAUACUCUCGGUCUGGCAGUGGCAGUGGGGUCACUUACUCGGCAAAGUUGCUACUCUUCAAGAGGACUUGACAGGAGCGGCUUUUCACCCACUGGACGACAAUCUCCUCAUCACCCAUGGCAAGGGUCACCUGACCUUCUGGAACCGCAGGAAGGACGGCUUCUUCGAGAGGACCGACAUCAUCAAGCCUCCAUCGAGGACGCACGUGACGAGCAUCCAGUUCGAGCAGGACGGCGACGUGGUGACUGCUGACAGCGACGGUUUCAUCACCGUUUACUCGGUGGACGCCGACGGGGCCUACUUCAUCAGAAUGGAGUUCGAGGCCCACAAUAAGGGUAUCAGCUCGCUGGUCAUGCUCUCGGAAGGUACACUGCUGUCCGGCGGUGAGAAGGACAGAAAGAUCGCCGCCUGGGAUUCGUUACAGAAUUACAAGCGAAUUACAGAUACUAAGCUGCCAGAAUCAGCGGGUGGAGUGCGAAGCAUCUAUCCGCAACGUCCAGGCCGUAACGAUGGUAACAUCUACGUCGGCACGACGCGCAACAAUAUUCUCGAGGGUUCGCUGCAGCGACGCUUUAACCAAGUCGUCUUCGGCCAUGGCAGACAACUCUGGGGUUUGGCUGUUCAUCCGGACGACGAGGUAUUCGCCACUGCAGGUCACGAUAAAAAUAUCGCGCUCUGGAGGCGACACAAGUUGCUCUGGACUACACAGGUUGGAUUCGAGUGUAUCUGUAUUGCUUUCCAUCCGUUCGGUGUGGCUUUGGCUGCUGGUUCUUCAGAGGGCCACCUCUUGGUUCUCGCGGCGGAUACCGGUGCGGCUGUCGCGACUCUCAGAGUUUGUGGCUCGCCUCUUUCUUGUAUUGGCUACAACCCUACUGGUGAAAUGGUAGCGAUGGGCUCGCAGAACGGUAGUAUUUAUUUGUUCAGAGUGUCGAGGGACGGAUUUUCCUACAAAAAGAGCAAUAAAAUUCGAGGCACCCAGCCUCUUGUUCAGCUCGACUGGAGCUCCGACAGUCGCUUCUUGCAAACUGUCACUCAAGACUACGAUCUUGUAUUUUGGGACGUCAAGGCUCUAUCUUCGGAGAAGAGCCCGUUAAUCAUGAAAGACGUAAAGUGGUAUACGCACAACUGUACUGUUGGUUAUUUAGUAUCUGGAAUGUGGAACAACCGUUACUAUCCGCUGACUACGGUGGUAACGACAUCCAGCCGCUCAGCGGCGCACGACAUGCUGGUGAGCGGCGACGCCGAAGGCUACCUCCGACUCUUCCGCUAUCCUUGCACCAGCGCCAAGGCCGAAUACAUCGAGGAGAAGGUCUACAGUUCGCUGGUUGCCUGCGCGCGUUUUCUCUACAACGAUCAGAACGUCGUCACCGUCGGCGGUACCGACGCUGCCCUCAUGCUCUGGGAGCUCGUCGACGAAUAGUCCGGGGACGACGAGGACGCGCGGCCCCCCGCCACCUCGCCCGUCUACAUUCGCGCCCAGUAAACGCUUUCGCCUCUUUUCACCAUACGCGGAAUCGUGGCGUUGUUAUCUGCAAAGACUAGCGUAUUUACUAAAUUUGAAAAUUAUAAAAAAAAUAGUAUGUCAAAUGCGGUAAUUUUUGUAAAGAACAACGAUGUUGUGUGCGCGGAUGCGGGUUUCAUGGGUAUAUUCGUUUGUUGUCGAUGGGUUCAGUGCACGAAUUUAUAAUUACUUUAUUCCGGUCGUUUCGUUCUCUUACUGUACAUACACUUUGAUCGGUUUUGAUUUUUGCGAAAAAUAAGUACAAGUCAUUUUUCUCUACCAGUGGAUGUAAGUGUAUGGCUGUAGGAUUACUGAAAAAUUUAUAGAAAGAAAGAGUAAAGAAAAUUCUGUGAAUUUUGCCUGUAUCAGCACUGAAUCUGUCGAAGUUGAAAUUGGGUCGUAUACGCUGUCACUCGUCACGUAAAUCAAAUAAUUUGCAUACAUAGCCAUGACGGUUUUCUUUAGUUUACCGAUUGGUACGUAAAAUAUGUAUCACUGACACUUCACGUCGCGAUAAAAAAAAAACUAAACGUAAAUCAGAAAAAAAAAGUAAUAAACACAAGAUCACAGAGUAUUGCGCAAAAGCGUUUACUGCGCGCACUCCUCCUCUUCCUUCUAUUACCAUACUUAUAUCUCCUCCUCGGGAAACCAAAGACCCCACUACUCCUGCCAUCAUUCGUCUGCCACUGAACAGAUUGUAUACGGGAACUCUGAGUGACACCGCGCCGCGAUCAUACGAUUGUAUUGUAACACGCACAACAUUUAUGUAUGUACGUGUCCCUUUGUCCGCGUAUACACUGAUAUAUGCAAAAAUUGCGAAUCGCUCCCGCUGUCGCUUGGAGUUUCGGAUCUUUCAGCGAGACAUAUUUUAAAGAAGGCGCAAGAGGUCACCCUAAUAUCUGAAUCGAGCUAGAUGGAAUCGUGUAUCUAUAAACUCAAGUAUGUACGAUUGUCUUGUUGUGUGCAAUUUUGCGCGAAAGGCGAUGAUGAGCCUGUAUUUUAAAAUUUAAAUAAUAGUCUUUGUCGAUUGAGCGCGUUUGAACGCUCUUGUCAUCAAAUGAUUUUUGUACGCGACGAAGAGAGAAAACUGCAAUUUUUAUCUAGACGAAGUAAAAUGAUCAAGGAAUCGUUACGCUACACGUGGUAUUUAAAGAGUUAUAUGAAUAACGAAAAUUUAUAAGUGCAAUAAGAAUUUAGCAUGUAGAUUUAAUGGUUAGCGUUAGUCACAACUUUUGCUAAAUUUUAUAAUUGUAGUUUGAAACAUACUAACAUAAUGUAGGAAUAAAUUUUAUUUUUAUUUUUUUUUUAUUAUUAAUAAUUAUGAAUUCUUCAUUUUCAAGAACAAUUAAAUAUGAUGCAUAUUGAUGGAGAUGCAUAAUUUUACAUUUUUAACUUCAAUUUUUAAUAACAAUGAUGCGAAUUGAGUAUUACUGAAUUCUACUGAUAAUUUAUGCAAUGGCGGUUUGUUUGUUGAUUUUAAAAUUUCCCAUAAAAAUGAUUGCAAGAAUCGAAAAAAAUUGAAAAAUCAAUUAAUAAUUCGUAUAUAUUUAUAAUUUUUACCAAAGUAUUUAAAAAUAAUAAAAGUAGUAAAUAGAAUAAUGAAUAUUUAAAAUAAAGUAAAAAACAUAAUAUCGAUCAGCUCGAAAUGCGUACGAAAUUAAGAUUAAAGAAAAGCAAUAAAUAAACGAUGUAAAUUUUUAAUUGUUUUCCAUACAACUUAUUAUGAUUUUUCUAUUGAUAUUACAUUUUCUGUACUACUUUUGAGAUUUCUUUUUUAAUUAUUUAAUACUUUAACAAAAAAAAACCUCAGUAUAUUAACAGUUAUUAGUUUAAGACUUUAUUCAGCUAUUUGAGAGAACUAAACGUAUAUACGCAUAUUUUUCGGCAUAAAAUUUGAAAACUACACAUACAACUCAUUUGAUCUAAUACAUUCUGUAUACGAAAUCAUGUUUUUGUGAUGUAUAAUUCAACUUGGUAUAAGAAAACUGAUGUACAUGCUGUCGUAAGUGUCAGUAUUUCUAUAUAAUGUAUGGUAUCUAUUACAUAUAAUUCGUAUGAUAAUUCUACUCGAGCAUAUAGAAUUACGAAAUGCUGCAAUUAUAAUAAUAUUUACAACUGAGUAGUUAUAUCAUUUCAUGAAUACGCAAGCUUAUGUAAGUCUCGAAGUUACUUGUAACACACGUGUACAAGUAUCGCAAGAAAAUGGAGAAACGAUGUUCAAAGAUAUUAGGGUGACUCUGCCUUUUUGUGAAUUAAAAGAAAGAUAAAUUACAUAUUUGAACGCAAGGCGCUGGCGCCUUGCUUUGUUAGUAACGUAAGCAUAUUGAUACUAGCCUUGAAAAUUAGCAUAAUACUCUCGUUAGUCGUACAGACUACAGCAGUACAAUUUCGCCCGCGCUCUUCAUCGCUCAUUUUUUGGAGAGAUAGAGAACAGGAAUGAGUUUCGAUAUGAGCAAACUCUGAUCAGAUACGGGAGUGAUUUCCUAAAUUACAUGUGUUUAUUUCUGAAUCGUUUUAAUUAAUAAACUUAAUAGUUUUAUAUAAAUUAAGACUUUAUACAUUGAUUAUAAAGCUCGACAAUAUUGGUUCGAUAAUCAAUUUCAUUUGCGCAUGUACAUUCAAAGCCAAUUUUACAAAGCAGUUAAUUAAGACGGUUAUAAUUAUUCUAUUAUUAUUUUCGUUUCGUUAUAAUUACGAUGCCUAUCGAUUAAAAAUUAAUUAUGCAACUCACUCCUGUUCUUUCACGUACGCACACAUCUUCAGUCGUAGAAGUGUACAAGCUGUUGCAGGUCAACGCAAGUAGCUCAUAAAAAGGAAAUAAAACAAAACCCCCACUGUCGCAGAGACGCAUAAACUUCCACAUACAUACAAAACUCAACGAUGCACCUCAUAAAUUAUAAAAGAAAAUUAUAAACAAAUAAA